AUGAGGCCAGAUGGCUUUCGGGAAGGGGCAGAGCUGCUGACCCCUGUCCUCUGUCCCAGGCCCCACGUGUGUGCUGAGCAGGAGCUGACCCUGGUGGGCCGCCGCCAACCCUGCGUGCGGGCCUUCAGCCGCGCGGUGCCCGUGUGGAAGCCGGGCUGCGGGCGCCAGGCCUGGUGCGUGAGCCACGAGCGCAGAACCGUCUACUACACGGCCUACAGGCAGGUGUACGCCAUGGAGGCCCAGCCCGUGCUCAGGUGCUGCCCGGGGUGGAGCCAGCAGCCAGGCGACCAGGGCUGCCUCUCCGCCGAGUGCGGCGCCGGCCUCUGUUUUAACGGUGGCAGCUGCGUGCCCGGCUCCGCCCAGCUGUGCCGCUGUCCCCCAGGCUUCCAGGGUGCCCGCUGCCAGCACGAUGUGGAUGAGUGCCAGCUACACAACGGCGGCUGCCACCACAGGUGUGUGAACACGCCCGGCUCCUACCUGUGCGAGUGCAAACCCGGCUUCCGGCUCCACGUGGACGGCAGGACCUGCCUGGCCAUCAGCUCCUGCUACGUGGACGAAUGUACCACGGGGCUGGCCCAGUGCGCCCACGGCUGCCUCAACACGCGAGGGUCCUUUAAGUGUGUGUGCCAUGCGGGCUAUGAGCUGGGGAAACCCUCACCCUCUCCCACAGGUGGUAGUAGCUUAGCACAUGUCCAUUACGACCAAGGGGAAAAACUCAGCAGCCUGACCUGCGCUGACUGUGGGAACGGAGGGACCUGCCUCCCGGGCCUGGACGGCUGUGACUGCCCCGCGGGCUGGACUGGGCUCGUCUGCAAUGAGAACUGCCCGGCGGGGACAUUCGGCGUGAACUGCUCAAGAUCCUGCUCGUGCGGGGGGGCCCCCUGUGAUGGGGUCACGGGGCAGUGCCUGUGCCCCCCUGGGCGGACGGGGGAUGACUGUGGGGCAGACUGCCCGGCGGGGACAUUCGGCGUGAACUGCUCAAGAUCCUGCUCGUGCGGGGGGGCCCCCUGUGAUGGGGUCACGGGGCAGUGCCUGUGCCCCCCUGGGCGGACGGGGGAUGACUGUGGGGCAGCGUGCCCUGCAGGCUGGUUUGGGCCCGGCUGCCACAUGAAGUGCUCUUGUGCCAACGAUGGGCACUGCCACCCGGAGACGGGACAUUGCAGCUGUGCCCCUGGGUGGACCGGUCUCAGCUGCCAGAGAGGUAGGUGGCAUCCCUCCCCGGGAGAGGCCUCCACAGGCCCAGCAGCCCCCCUCCCUCCGUGGUGGUGUCCCCAGGGCCACUUCGGGCCAGGCUGUGGGCGGCGCUGCCAGUGUGAGCACGGGGGCGCCUGUGACCAUGUCAGUGGGGCCUGCACCUGCCCCGCAGGCUGGAGGGGGACCUUCUGUGAGCGAGCCUGCCCGGCCGGCUUCUUCGGACUGGACUGUCGCCACGCCUGUGACUGCGCGGCCGGGGCGCCCUGCGAAGCUGUGAGCGGCUCCUGCCUCUGCCCCGCUGGCCGCCAGGGCCCCCGCUGCGCCCAGACCUGCCCAGCCCUCACCUACGGGCACAACUGCAGCCAGGCCUGCUCCUGCUUCAAUGGGGCUUCCUGCGACCCAGUGCACGGGCAGUGCCACUGUGGCCCUGGCUGGACGGGUCCCAGCUGCCUGCAGGGAACUCUCACCUGGUCUCCCUCAGCCUGUCCCCCUGGCUUCCACGGGCGUGGCUGCCAGGGGGUGUGCAGGUGCCAGCAUGGAGCGCCCUGCCACCCCGUCAGCGGCCAGUGUCUGUGUCCCGCUGGCUUCCACGGCCAGUCCUGCGAGAAGGGGUGUGAGCUGGGCUCAUUCGGAGAGGCCUGCGGUCAGCUGUGCGACUGUGAGGGUGGGGCCACCUGCGACCCUGUCACCGGCCACUGCCUUUGCCCCCCAGGCCGCACGGGGGCCACCUGUGACCUCGACUGCAGAGCCGGCUUCUUCGGGCCGGGCUGUGCCCUGCGCUGUGACUGCGGGGGUGGGGCCGGCUGCGACCCUGUCAGCGGCCGGUGUCACUGCGUGGACGGCUACACCGGGCCCACAUGCCGCCAGGGUGGGCCCCCCCAGCUCCCUGGGAUCCCCUCUCCAGCCCCGGGCCCAGCGUCCUCACAGGCCGCCCCGCACAGACCAGCGCCCGGGCUCCGCCGCAGGGCAGAGGAGCGCUAGCGCAGCCGCGUGCCGCGUCCCGGUGCCGCCGACAGCACCCAGGGCCUGGAGAGCUCUCGGAGGGAGCUGUGGGCCAGGACUGCGCCCGAACCCUUCUUGCUUCCGCGGGCUGUGGACAUGGCAGCCUC